AUGGGGUGCUUGGGUCUAACGGGGCCCUUGCAGCUGGAGGAGACGCUGCAGCUGCGGGCAGAGAGCCGCCAGGGCAGCCUGCGGGGGGACAGCCUGCGCGGCACCAGCAUCUGCUCGGCCAUGAGCGAGGAGCCCGAGGGCCGCAGUUACUCCACGCUCUCGACCGUGCGGGAGAUCGAAACGCAGACCGAGGUCCCUGCGGCGCCGGCGGGGAAGGAGCCCAAGGACGAGGAGGAGGAAGGCGGCGGCGGCCCCGGCGGCGACGACCCCAUCAAGCAAGCCAUGACCCACUUCGUGCAGGAGAACGGCAUGCUCCAAGCCAAGCCCACCACCAACGGCAUCUACAUCAACGGCCGCGGGCACCUCGUGUGAGCCGCUGCCCAUGGAGGUUGUUGG